CAGUCAACGCGGCCGGGCGUCCGUGUCUCUUCGUGCACACUCCGCGAACAACCGCGUGCGCGCCCGCUCGACUCGAUUCUAGUCCACGCUGCCUGAGUUUUAUCUCGCCGGCUAGUCUAUUUCACCCACAAUACUACUUCUUCUUAAAAAGACAAUCAUCGUGAGAGUGAAUUGGAAAGACAAUUUUGUGUGCGUAUAUCCCGGAAAACCUACAAUAGUCAAGGUUUUCAACAGGAUGAUUCCACUUUUAAACUAAGCACUAGAAAUAUUUUAAUAAACAAUGUAUCAAAAUUGUGUAAAGUUGCUGUACGCAUUGGCGUUGUUAACGUUGUGCGUGAUAAACAUAAACUGUUGGAAUGAUAGUGCCAGCAGUGCUCACCAGAGGACGCGCAGUCGGCCGAAACUGCAACCCAACCAACAGUAUCAGUCACGCAACAAACCCAACAUUGUUUUGAUUUUAACUGAUGAUCAGGAUGUGGAGCUGGGAUCGUUGAAUUUCAUGCCUAAGACUUUGAAGUCGAUCAGGGCGCAUGGCGCUGAAUUUCGGCAUGCGUAUGUGACAACACCGAUGUGUUGCCCGUCGAGGUCUUCUCUGCUAACCGGGAUGUACGUGCAUAAUCAUCAGGUUUUCACCAACAAUGACAACUGCUCGAGUACCAACUGGCAGGCAACCCACGAAACACGUUCCUUUGCUACGUAUUUAUCCAACGCUGGAUAUAGAACUGGUUUUUUUGGUAAAUACUUAAACAAAUACAACGGUUCAUACAUCCCGCCUGGUUGGCGAGAAUGGGGCGGGCUGAUCAUGAACUCGAAGUACUACAAUUAUUCGAUCAACAUGAACGGCAAGAAGAUCAAACACGGCGCCGAGUACACUAAGGAUUACUAUACGGAUCUUAUUGCGAACGACUCGAUCGCCUUUCUUCGACAAUCGAAAAAAAACAAUGUGAACAAACCAGUCAUGUUGACAAUGUCUUUCCCAGCGCCACACGGACCGGAAGAUUCAGCGCCACAAUAUUCGCAUCUCUUCUUUAACGUCACCACGCAUCACACGCCGUCAUACGACUAUGCGCCAAAUCUGGAUAAACAAUGGAUACUUCAGGUGACGAACAAGAUGAAGCCGAUACACAGGGAGUUCACCGAUUUGCUAAUGACCAAGCGAUUGCAAACGCUGCAAUCUGUCGAUGCGGCCGUCCAGCGCGUCGUUCAAGAGCUGGAUGUGCUCGGGGAAUUGCGCAACACUUACAUCGUUUACACGUCGGACCAUGGAUACCAUCUAGGGCAAUUCGGUCUGAUUAAAGGGAAAAGUUUUCCUUUUGAAUUCGACGUCCGUGUGCCGUUCCUGGUACGGGGUCCCGGUGUGGAAGCUGGCUCUGUUGUCGACGACAUUGUGCUGAACAUAGAUCUAGCGCCGACGUUUUUGGACAUUGCCGGCGUUGAACAGCCGGCGCACAUGGACGGACGCUCGGUGCUUCCGCUUUUCCUGAACACGAAGCGCAAACGAGUCAAAUGGGCCGACACGUUCCUCAUUGAAAGCUCGGGCCGGCGCGAAGUCCACGACUCGGCGCACAAGUAUUCGUUCGCGGCGAAUAUGAUGAAUGCGUCCACGAGCGUGCCGCGCGGCACUGAGCUUUUUACGACGGAAACUCCGGGCGGUUAUUCUCCCGCAAUGAGUGCCAGUUCCAGCACGGCGAACGCAGCCACGACGCCGAAGGAUAUUUACGAUCCCGACGCGGAUCGCACUUCGGGCGAAAGCGAUGCGGAGCUGGAUAACGAAGAUGACGACGAUGCGCUGGAUGCAAAUGAGGAUGGGAGCGAGCAGGAGGAGGCGCAGCAAUUGGACAAUCAACUGCUGCCUGUCCCCAGGCUUCCGUCGAUGCCAAAGUCGCAGCGUUUGGAAAUAGAAUGCAUCCAGCAGAAUUGGCAGCAGCCAUGCAAGAUGGGGCAGAAGUGGUAUUGUCAAUUGGAGCAUGGCCGGUGGCGGAAACACAAAUGCAAAUUGCAAUCGGGUGUUUCGAAGAAAUGCGCGUGUCUUACUAAAAUGGGGAUUGUCUACAGAACAAUGCCGAGUUUUGGUACGCAAGGAAAGCGAAGUGGUGCUCUACGAAUGCGGAACAAGCGUGAUGUAGAGGCACCUGAGCUAGAGGAAAUCUUAUUCGGUAUGCUCGACGAGUUCAAGAUUCAUCGGCUGACGCACCGUGACAAACGAGAUACGCUCAGUCACGUGGAAAACGUGAUGGAGAACAUCCAGUCGAAGCUCAGUGGCCUGGAGGCCGUCAAUGCCUCCCUGCCUGAGGAGCAAUCGAUAAAAAUCAACUUGGACACUAACAAGAUCUCCGAAACUAUCCCCGGAUGCGAGCUUAUGCCGGACGGGCACAUGAAUUGCUCGACAGUGAUCUUCCACGAUCGCAAGUCCUGGCGCAAGUCGCGGGAACGCGUCGACAACGAAAUACAAAAGUACAAACAACUACUGGAGAAUCUGAAAGAAAUUCGGCGCCAUUUGAAACACACGAAGCCGAUCACGGAAACGGAUGAGUUGGGAAACACUACCGAUCAUACUGAUUUGGUCACCGUGAACAAUAACCUGCAGGUCGGACAUUUUGAUUCCCGUUUGGUUAAUAUUCCCGAGUAUUCCACCGUCAAGUUUGACAUUUUUGAUGUGGGACAACGGAAACGUAAGAAGCAUCCAGAGGCGGGUGAACAGCUACAUCAUAAAAAGCGUAAGAAUCACCACUUGCUGCCAAAUGCGACCAACGAAUCAAGGCUUCCUACGUCCCAUCAUAAUCAUAGGCAUCGACAUCGCCUGCCACCUGCAAACACAACGCCAUUUUCUACAACUGUUACCAGCACAACCAACGUCGUACAAUCUUCAACAUUCGAUGAUGAUUACUUUAAUUCAUCAACUUCAACUGCUUCACAAUCAGUCACACCAUCUGCAAAUCGUGAUAACGAAGACAAUUCAGCUACUUCUAGUACUACUGAAAGCCAGCCUAUUGUCCCUGAAGUACUUACUACGACCACAAGCACAAGAAGACCACUAACGACCACUAGCCAACCAGAGGAGGACGAUUACUGCUUGUGCGCCCCGGAAGAUCAAGAAGAAGUUGAAAAAGAUGAUAGAGAAGUUGCGCGAGAAGCUCGCAGGCGACAGAAAGAGGAACGCAUGAAAAAGAAGGCGCGGAAAAUGCGCAAGAAAGCCCAGCUUGAGAAAGAAUGUCUCACGGAGAAGAUUCAUUGUUUCCGGCAUGACAACGACCAUUGGCGCACGGCACCGCUGUGGACUUCCGGGCCUUUUUGCUUCUGCAUGAACGCCAACAACAACACGUACAAUUGCGUACGGACAAUCAACGCCACGCAUAAUUUACUUUAUUGUGAAUUUGUCACUGGUUUCAAGACAUUUUAUAAUUUAAGAAUUGAUCCUUUCGAAUUGACGAAUCGUUUCGAGCAGUUACGUCCUGAAGAAAAGAGUUAUCUGCAUGAUCAACUGAUGGAACUGAUGGCCUGCAAAGGAAGAAGUUGUACUGUUGGUUCGUUUCCGCAAAGAUACAAAGUGAAUGGCAUGGCGCCAUUUUUACCACAACCUCAACGAAGGCGUAAAGUUGAAGAUUUUAAUGCGGCGAGAACUCUGCCAUUGUCCACUCACAGGUCCUAUAAUGAUCGUCACAGUAGACUAAUUAAGAUACCAAAAUCCUGGCGUCGCAGACAAUCGCGACCCUCGUGGCGCGAUCGCAGAAAACGCGACCAGCUACUUAAUGGCACAAACGGUGCGGCGCAAUGGUAAUCGAUUCAUCGCAAGAACUUAACGUUGCCAUCGAGACGACAACGACUGACACGACUGAACAAAAGCAAUUUAUUUGUGAUUCUACAAUUGAGGAAGUUAUGAUUAUGUUCAUAUCAAUGUUCAUAGAGUUCUUUUUUUGUUGAGGUGUACUAGCUAGGCACUAGUAUUCGAACAUAUGAGAUUACUGAAUUCAAUGAGUACGUUUUGGAAGUGUACAAAUAUCUAUAUGCAACAAUGCUCUGAAUUAAACAAAUGUACUCGUAAAAUGCUUCAAGCUUUAAGUGUUUUCUACAAGUGCAGUCAGCAUGGAGGUCUAAACAUUUGAAUUCUCUGUAUUUGUAGUGGUUAUUUUGUUUUAAAAUUCAUAUCUCAAGAAAUGCUUCAGUGAUAAACUUUGAAGCGUUUUGACUUGAUCUCCAAGUUAACAAUGUUGGUAUUAAUUACAAUUAAUUGCCCCACAAACAAUAAUCUUUUAUUGUAACGCAUUGAUCAUCCGGAGUACAUACAGUUAAUGUGAUAUUGUCUUGUAGUAGACGAACGUAGAAUGCAAUUGUGUUAUCAGACACAAUUGAAUGGUCAAAUGAAUUAUAAUUAUUCUAAUUAUUUUCUACUAAUUUAUCUUAAUGUACAAUUACGUAUACAUAUAAUGACUAUUAUGUCGAUAUAAUUUAUUUACGAACUACGAGCAUCCUAAACUAUAAUCUUCAAAUAAACAUCUCUAUGUUAUAAGCUAGUAUUAUAUUCCAACAAAGUUAUGUCAAUCAAUAGUCGUGCUGUUUAUAGAUGUAAAGGAUGUAUAUACUAAUGGAAUAGUUGGUGGUGCGAUAAAAUUAAGGAAUCAAAAGAGGCUACACAUGUUAGGGUACUUGAUGAUGAACUUGUGACAAUGGCAAAAACAUCAGAUUGUGAACCAAAGAGAGUUUAUUGUAAGAUAAUCAAUUUAACAUGUUAAGAACAGAUUGUAAUCGAUGCGUAACGACUAGCGGUAGACAUGUUUAGUAAUCAUUAAACGCAAAUACCCAUAAAUCAAGAUGCAAUGACUAAAGUAUUAAUUGUAUGAUAAGGACAGUAUACUGGUGCAGAAUUAUAGUGCCGUUUUCGACGCUUUUAUUGGCUGCUUCUGACAAAUAUUAUAUUAAAUAAACCUGCUGUAAACGAAA